AUGCAUGCAUUACGUUAUGCAUCGAAGAGAAGACAAGAAACAGCUUUACUUAUGCAUGUAUUCAUGUUAGCAAACUCUCCUCCUCUGCAUAAAAUCAGGAACGCAUUCAAAGAGUGUCUGGAGAAGAACAAGCGAUUAUGUCAUUUUCAUUACGCUGAAGCGGCUCUCCAUAUUGCAUCUAAACUAGAUGGUAUGAGUGUGCAGUUUUCUCACUAUGAUGAUCCUACAGCUUCUGGCAAUACCGCUUAUCUAAAUGAAGGAGAUAUUCCACGUCUUCUUGUGGACUCCUUGAACGAUGCAGUCAAAAUCAUUGAUGAAAAGGUGGUCAUCAAAGCAAGGGACAUUGGACAGUUCAUGAAUCGUUGUUUGCAACAGUACUUCUCCGAAUACCAAUCGGGGAAGAAGUUACAACCGUCAUCACUCGCAAAGCUAAAGCCCGAAGAGCUUCCAUUUUAUAAAGAUGAAAAUUUUUUCUCAGAGACGGAGACAGCUAUCGAUAUUCAUGACCGAGAAGUUGAUAUUACGACGUUACUACUAGCUCCUGAUUGUGGUUUUAUGGAUUCUUCUGAAACCGAUGACCAGGAAAAAUCAUCGUCAUGCCAUGAGGGUGCAAGCACAUCCGAGGCUGGGAAUGGGUUACCGAGACAACGAUCUCCAAAUCAUUGUGCUGAUAUUUUGGGAGAGGAUCAGAAAGUUACGGGUCUAAGGAUAGCACCAAGUGAAAACCAAUCAUCUAAUGAUGUUCCUGAGCUGAAUGAGACAGAUCCAAGUUUCAUGCAGCAGAUUUUCAUGGUUCAAGGACAGGCGCUCAUGGAGUUGUUCCGAUUUUGUCCACAAUGCGGAUGUGCCUUACAAGAAAAAGGCGGAGUUCAACUGAAAGCUGACGGGUCGACACCUAUUGUGCAUUACAUUUGCAAUUGUUGUUCACUACAAACUACUUCAGUUAAACUCUGGAAAGGUCAAAGAAAGGCUGAAACAAAAUCCGAGGAUCAAUAA